AUGCCGCGCCCGCGGCCGCCGCCGCCGGACGACAUGUUCCCGGACAUCAACGUGAAGACGGGGACGCCGAGCGGCGCCGACGGCGGCGGCUUCUUCCCGCCCGGCGAGGACGACAUCUGGGGGUCGCGGCCCGGCACGGCGGAGUCGGAGGGCAUGACCUUCGAGGAGUGGCAGAAGCGCGCCGGCGUGGGCCCUCCCGGCGGGUCCGCCCCCGGGUCGCGGCCCGGCACCGCGGGCUCGGGCGAGGACGAGUUCAGCCGCACCGACGGCGCGACGGACUACUACAACAACGAGCUCGCCCAGUCCCAGUCCCAGCCGGCGCUCCAGGCCUUCGGGUCCUCGGGCGGCUCCGCCGCGUCAAAGCUCAAGAGCGUCGUCAAGAAGACCAAGGGCUCCAUGCACGAGGUCGUCAAGCAGGCCAAGGGCGUCGCGCGCGCGACCGCGAUGCUCGACGAGAAGAAGCAGGAGGUCUCCAAGAAGCAGCGCGCCCGCGAGAAGGUCAUGAAGCAGCGCCAGGACCACGAGGCCUGGGUCGAGCAGCUCGCGGCCGCGUGCGACGCGACGAACGCCGAGCGCGAGCGGCUCUCCGCGGAGAUCAUCUUCCUCGAGCACAACAUGGAGCGCAAGCGGUUGCUGCGCGUCAUCCUACGCCUCAGCCGCUUCAAGAGCCACAGCGCCUUCCAGACCUGGGUCCACAACACGAUCAAGCCCGAGCGCGACCGCAAGUUCGCGCUCCGGGACCAGAUGAAGAAGGAUCUGGCCGCGCUCCGCGUGCAGAUGAAGGAGGACACGGAGAAGAACGAGCUGCUGCGCGAGAAGAUUUUGGAGCAGCGCCUCAACAAUUCGUCCACGGAGCAGUACAACCUCUUCCUCAAGAUCUUCAGCAAGCUCGCGGGCGACAAGACGCGCGAGUACUUCGCGCACUGGAUGGGCAUGUACCGGUCGUUCAUGAAGCAGUACAAUCUGGUCGCCAAGAUCAUGGGGCGCAUGGUCAACCAGACCAUGCUGAAGGGCUGGGUCAAGUGGUACCACGUCGUCUUCAUCGCGUCGAAGAUGACGCUCGACGAGCAGCUGAAAGCGUUAAAGUUCGAGCUCGGCAAGGCGCGGCAGCGGUGCAACCUCGCGGAGAAGGCCGUCGAGGACGUGGCGAACAAGGCCAUGGCCGACAUGCUCGCCAAGGCGACCAAGGGCCAGCGGGCGCUGCUCAACAAGAUCCUGUCCAAGUUCUGCACGUUGUAUAUUCGCUACGGGAUGAAGAAGUGGACGGACCAGAUCAAGCUCUACAAGACGGCCAAGCAGAAGAUGCAGAUGAUCAUCUCGCGGUUGAUGAAUUCGGAGCUCAACUACGGCCUGCGCAAGUGGACCAUGGUCUGCAUGAAGGACAAGGCGACCGCGGGCGACAUGAUGGUCGCGCGCUACAAGCGCGAGUCCUCUUUGCUCAAAGACCGGUCCGAGCUCGUCGCGGCGCGCAUCAAGGCGCUCUGCAUCAAGGUCGAGCAGAUGCGCGAGUCCGUGCAGCUCCAGGCCAUCGCCGCGGACCGCGUCGCCCACGGCAUCCCCGACCUGGCCGACGAGUUCGCGAACAUCUCGUACGUCGACCGCGCGGCGUCCGAGAACCCGCAGUCGCUCAUCAAGCUCAUGCCGCCCGGCGCCUUGGGCGGCGGCGGGGCCGGCGGGGCCGGCGCGCCGGGACAGCCGUCCGAGGACAUGCUCCAGACCACGGUCUUCUACGGCGCGAACAAGAUGGUGCCCGCGUCGUCCGCGUCGCUCGCGAGCUCCAAGGGCCCGUCGACGGGCUUCUACGGCCGCGGCAACGCCGCGAGGACCGACGCGUGGCGGCCGGGCACGUCACCCCAGGGCGGCGGUCCCGUGUCGUUCGUCGACGCGUGGAUGCAGGACGAGUAG